UUUUUUUCAGGCCAUGGGUUGUCAUGUGACGCUUUUUCAGCCAUCUUGUGGAUACGAAAAGAGAGACAACUUCGCAUACAAACUCAGCGCUGUCAGUUUAAAGCAGAGACUUUCUAGGAAAAAUGGCAGAAACCCAGACACUUAACUUUGGACCAGAAUGGCUCCGUGCUUUGUCUGGUGGAGGGGGGAGCAGCAGUGUAGCUUCUCCUCCUCUAUCACCUGCAAUGCCAAAGUAUAAACUUGCAGACUAUCGCUAUGGGAGAGAAGAGAUGCUAGCACUUUAUGUAAAGGAUAACAAGAUUCCAAUAGAUCUACAUGACAAGGAGUUUCUGCCUAUUUUACAAGAGGAGCCCUUACUGCCACUGGCCCUUGUCCCAUUUACAGAGGAGGAACAGAGGAAUUUCUCCAUGUCUGUAAACAGUGCGGCAGUGCUGCGUCUGACUGGGCGAGGAGGGGGCGUGGUGGCAGGGGCAACCCGAGGUCGAAGUUCCUCACGCGGGCGAGGACGAGGCAGGGGAGAAGGAGGGUUUUACCAAAGAAGUUUUGAUGACGUGGAGGGCGGAUUUGGCCGAGGGGGGAGGGAGAUGCAUCGCUCUCAGAGCUGGGAGGAAAGGGGAGACAGAAGGUUUGAAAAGCCAAGUCGAAAAGAUCCAGAUGGAGCUCCAGCCCACUUUCAGCUGAAUCACAUACGGGGUAACUAUGAGGACGGUGGUCCAGGGGGUUUGGUGCGGAAGCAUGACUUUGCACGCUCUGAAAGCGAGAAUUGGCGGAUGUCUCGAGAUGAACAGAAUGGUGAGGAUGAAGAGGGGGGUGGCUGGCGGCUGGCGGGGUCCCGAAGGGAUAAUGAACGAUGGUGUAACCCAAGUCCAGAUGUGCCGCGUUCAGCUGGGUGGCGGGAACACCCGGAUCAGCGACGCCGCUUUCCGUUUGACUCGCGGGGGGAGGAGGAGCGAGGUGGGGUCUACCGGAGAGCCCGCUCGGGCAGUGGCAGCAUAGAGGAUGAGAGGGACAGUCUGCCAGAGUGGUGUCUGGAGGAUGCAGAGGAGGAGACGGGUACCUUCGACUCUUCAGGAGCCUUCCUGUCUCUUAAGAAAGCUCCUAAGGAGCCAAUUCUGGAAGAGGCGGAGCUAGAGUUCCGUCCACUGGAGGAGUGCGAAGAGCGUUCAGAGAAGGACGACAGCGAAGCAGAGCAUACCAAAGAGUCUGAGGGCAAGCACCAGACUGCCAGACACGAGGAUGGGGCUAAAUUGGAAGAGGCCUCUCUGCCUGCUGCUCACAUACCGGCGACGGUCACUGUUCCAGAAGCAGCUGCAACAGUAUCCCUGCCUUCCAGCCAACCUGAGAGAGCAGAAGAACCCGAGAGACCGACAGAGAGAGUGCUGGCGCCCGAAAUCAGAGCCACUACAGCUCCACUACACACACCCCUCCCUAACUGCGUUGUGGAUGCCAUCCCCAUACCACACACCGCCAAUACCCUCAACACACUUACAGAUCUUCAAACCUCGUCCCCCUCAGUGUUGCCCCCACAGCCUGUAGUCCCCCAGCCCCAGCCGCCCAAGCCUGUGGAAGGGCCUGUGGUGGUGCCUGCUGCUAUCUCCUUUAAGAGCAUCAUCACUCCUGUUGGCCAGACUACAGCCAUGCCACCUGACACGGAUGAAGACGAGGGCCUCAAGCACUUUGAACAGGAAGCUGAGAAGAUGGUGGCGUAUCUGCAUGAUGGCGGCGUGGACGACGAGCGUUUGGCUGCUAAGAGCACAGAGCGUCCCAAAUCUGCUGGCCUGCCACUGUCCCACGAGGCUGCGCUUAAAUGGUUCUACAAGGACCCUCAGGGAGAGAUUCAGGGUCCAUUCAGUAAUCAUGAGAUGUCUGAGUGGUUCCAGGCUGGGUACUUCACCAUGACCUUGUUGGUGAGGAGGGGCUGUGAUGAGGGUUUCCACCCCCUGGGAGAAAUCUUUAAGAUGUGGGGGAGAGUGCCUUUUGCCCCUGGCCCUGCACCACCUCCCAUACUGGGAGAUGCUGAUCAGGAGAGGAUGAAAAGGCAGCAGGAGCUGAAUGCUUUAAGCAUUUAUCAGCUUCAGCAGUUGCAAUACCAGUACAUGCUUCGGCAUCAGCAGUAUGCUCAGGCUCUGGCUCAGCAGAAAGCUGUGCUCAGUUCAGCUGCUCCCCCGACACAGCAGCAACAGCAGCUCAACAUGCUCCUGCACCAAGCCCUCAAGCUUAGAACUCCAGAACAGCAACAGAGCCUAUUGCCACCCGUGACGCGUUCCAUGUCCGUUCCAGAUUCAGGUUCCGUUUGGGAUAUGCAGAAACCAUCGACCCAAGCAUCCUGUACCCCCAACAUUCAGCCAGCAGCUCCUAACACAUGGGAAGGGACCAGUGUGUGGGAUCUGCCCAUAGACACCAUGUCUCAAGCCUCCAUUGAGCAGAUGCAGUUGGAGAAAGCAAAACUGGAAAUGGAACGGAGGGAGGCAGAGCUACGGGCUAAAAGGGAAGAGGAGGAGCGGAAACGUCUGGAGGAGGUGAUGCGGGCACGACAGGAGGAAGAGCGCAAACGUCUGGAGGAAGAGGAGCUGGCACGGCGGAAACAGGAAGAGGCAUUGAGAAGACAGCGUGAGCAGGAGGAGACACAGCGGCGGCAGAAGGAGGAAGAGGAGCGUCUGGCCCAGGAGGAAGCACUCCGCAGACUAGAAGAGAAAAGGAGAGAGGAGGAAGAAAGGAGGCAAAGGGAAGAGUUUCUUCGUAAACAGGAGGAGGAGCGGAGGAAGCAGGAGGAAUUGGAGGCUCAGAGGAGGCGAGAAGAAGAGAGGCGUCUGGAGGAGGAGGCGGUGGCGGCGGCGGCGGCGGCAGCUGCAGCAGCUGCGGCAGCUUUGGCACGACAACAGCAGGAGGAGCAGAAGAGGAGGGAACAGGAGCUUCAGAGGCAGCAGGAGCUUCAGAGGCAGCAGGAGCUGCAGAGGCAACAAGAGGCUCAAAGGCAGCAGGAGGCUCAAAGGCAGCAAGAACUGCAGAGACAGAGGCAACAGCAGCAGGAGGCCUUGCGCCGACUCCAGCAGCAGCAACAGCAGCAGCAGCUGGCCCAAAUGAAGCUCCCAUUGUCCUCUAAGUGGGGUCAGCAGUCUGCCUCGGCCUCCUCCCUCACCCAGACGCAGAACACUCUGUCUCUCAGCGAGAUCCAGAAACUCGAGGAGGAGAGGGAACGACAAGCUCGGGAGGAGCAACGACGCCAGCAGCAGGAGCUCCAGAGGCAGCAGCAGCAGCAGCAACAGCAGCAGCCCCAGGCCAAGCUCUCAGGCUGGGGCAGCGUGGCGAAGCAGCCUACUGCAACUAAGUCCCUCCUGGAGAUCCAGCAGGAGGAAGCCCAACAGAUGAAGCAGAGGAAAGAACAGCAACAGGCUACGGUCACUCAGCAAAACCGCACCCAGAACAGAACUGUUUUGACCUCAGUGUGGGGUUCAGUGAGUAACCCUAGUUCCCACUGGGGUUCGGAGAGCAGCAGCAUCUGGGGUGACACUCAGAAUUCUAACAUGGGCUUCUGGGAUGAUGCAGUUAAGGAGACUGCUCAACCUCCACCAUCACGCAAGAGCAAUGCACAGAAGAACAAGGGAAAUGCAAACCUCAGUAAUAGUAACAGUGGGAAAUCCAGUAAAAAAGUGGAAGAAGAAGAGAAGCUGUUGAAGCUCUUCCAGGGAGCCAAUAAGACUCAGGACGGCUUCAUGCAGUGGUGUGAGCAAACGCUACACGCACUCAACACUGCCAACAACCUUGACGUUCCAACAUUUGCGUCAUUCCUGAAGGAGGUGGACUCUCCUUAUGAGGUGCACGAUUACGUGCGAGCGUAUCUGGGAGACACACCCCAGGCCAAGGACUUCGCCAAGCAGUUCCUGGAGCGUCGUGCCAAACAGAACGCCAACCAGCAGAAAUCUCUGCAGAGCCAGCAGCAGAAAAAUCAACAGCAGGAUUCAGUGUGGGGGAUGAACCAGACCGUAUCUCAGGCCGUGUUUCAGUCCAACCACUCCUCCACACAGCAGCAACAGCAGCAGCAGCCGCGCUUUGAGACGGUCACCUCUGGCAAAAAGAAGAAGAAACAGAAGAUGGUGAGAGCAGAUCCCAGUUUGUUAGGUUUCUCAGUCAAUGCAUCAUCUGAGCGAUUAAAUAUGGGUGAGAUUGAGACUGUGGAGGACUUUUGAGACCUACUGACAAACUCACUCCCCCUACUGACUAUAUCCGUUCAGAACAGCUACGUUUUAUCCCAUCGCCCAAUGUUGUUUU